GGGAAAUAGAUGGUCCGCAUGAACGUCACACCUGCAACAAAAGAAGUAACCUUUUGUAGAUCAUGUUAUCUAAACCCGUAGAUGCACAACCGUACGUGCUACCCUCUUCUUUUUAUUUUCUUCUCUCUCUCUUUCUCUCUCGUUCUUUCUUUUUAAAAACAACAACAAAUAGAGAUGUCUGCUACAGCAACAGUAACAACGGUUGAAAGCAUCCAAUUAAAACACAGACACGUCCAUCGUUCAGAAGGGGAGGAAAGUACACUUGGAUACGACCCGUUAUUUCUUCAGGGUAAAAAAACGGAUGAAGAUUAUAUCCAAGUGGGUUUAAAGGGUCAAAAGAAGCUUCAAUCCUUUUAUCAGAACCAAAACGAUAUGAUUGACAGCAUGUUGACGGCAUUGGAUGAAACGGAUGAAAACGAUGAGCAGAAGCAGUUGCUUAAAUUGAAAAUAGCCAUUUAUGGAUCCGUGGUAGCCAAUGUCAUUUUAUUCGCGCUUCAAUUGGUCGCUGCCAUCACUUCUGGUUCCUUAUCCAUUUUCUCUACGAUGGCUGAUGCCUUUAUGGAUCUCUUAAGUUCAUUAGUUCUCAUGUGGGCCGCAAAGCAAGCAUCUAAAUCCAACCUUACAAAGUAUCCUGCUGGUAAAUCGAGAAUGGAAACCAUUGGUAUUAUCGUAUUUGCUUGUUUGAUGUCCUGUGUAGCUCUCUUUUUGAUCAUUGAAGCAGCUCAAAAGCUUAGCGAGUCCUCUCAUUCACCUGAUUUAAAACCUUUAGCCAUUGCCUUUGUAUCAGCUGCCUUGGCUGUCAAGUUACUCUUGUAUAUCUAUUGCAAGACCAUCUCUCAGUUUAGUUCUGCGCGUGUACUGGCUCAGGAUCAUCGUAAUGAUCUUCUUGUGAAUGGACUGGGUUUGACGACGGGUAUUGUGGGUAGUCGAGUGGCAGCCUGGGUGGAUCCGGUGGGAUCCAUUGUGAUUGCUGUAAUUAUCUUGCAUAGCUGGACCUCUACCUUGUUUGAACAUAUUCCAUUAGUGGUUGGCAAGAGUGCGGAUACGACGUUUCUCAAUUUGAUUACCUAUAUUGCGCUCACUCAUCCUGGUGUGAUUCAGGUGGAUACAUGCCGUGCGUAUCAUGCGGGAAACAAUCUGUUUGUUGAAGUAGACAUUGUUUUACCACCCAAUAUGGAAUUACGUACUUCACAUGACAUUGGAGAAGCACUUCAACAAAAGUUAGAGUCUUUACCUGAUGUUGAACGCGCUUUUGUUCAUGUUGAUUACGAAACAUUGCAUAAGCCAGAGCAUCAAAAGACGAAAUAAAAUAAAAAAUUAAAGAGGAGUCUGUAAAAAAAAACUAAAAAUUGUGAGAUCUACCGAUGUGAGAACUCUCUCUCCUCCU